GUGCUCCUGACCGCCAUGGAGCCUUAGUCGCCCGUCCAAAUCAGCCACGACACCCGUCUGGAUGCUGUCGACCCGCUCAGUCGCGCUCCUCGAGGUGCGCCUCCUCGCGCGCCCCGUUCCCUCGACCCGGGUCGUCUCGACCUCGCAACCGCCACGACACCGCUCAAGGCCUGUCGAGACACGCUCCAAGCAGCCACAAGCUCGUCCGCCUCGACGACCAACCUCACACGCCCCGCUGCACCACCGCAAGCCGAGCCAGGUCACGCCGCCAGAGCUUCCGCGCAUCUUCCACACGCGCACGUCCUGGAUCGCCCGCACCCUCGCCCAGGGCCACCACAUCCCGCGUCACCUCCUCCUCAAGCUCCUCGACUCGCGCCAGAUCCCGCCCCACCAUCUCGCCGUCUGGGUCGACGUCCUGUCCCGACGCGACCCGAUCUAUGCCCUCGAGCAGCUCGGCCUCCUUGAGAGCGCCACCUCGGGUAUGCCCGACAUCGGCCGAGGCGUCGGCGGCGCCGCCGGGCCGUCGAGCGCAGCCGAGGUCGUCUGCCCCGACUGGCUGUACCUGUCGCUCCCGGGCCUCGUCACCGAGCACGCCCACGUCCCGUACUUGGCGUCGCAGCUCCUGUCGCCGCACUUUGCCCGCAUGCGCGAGGAGCAUCGCGGGCUCUUUGUCGCGAGGUGCGUCCAGCACUUCCUCAAGGUGCGGCACUACGUCGCCCUGCGCGAGACGAUCGAGUGGAUCGCCUACUCGUCGCCCGAUGACGAGGCCGCCAUCACGUCGUCGAGGUCGUUCGAGCGCCUCCUCGCCGCCCUCGCCUCGGAGCGCACCUCGCCCUACACCCUGUCGACGACGCCCUCGCACGUCCUCCGACCCCUCGUCGACCUCCUCCUCGCGACCAUGCACGCGCGCAACGUCCCCCGCACCCACCGCACCUACCUCCCGCUCUUCACCGACAAGCUCAUCCCGCGCGACUCGCGCGAGGCGACCCGCCUCCUGAUCGAGAUGGCCCAGGCCGGCUACGCCCCGAGCAAGGACAUCCUGCGCAACGUCGUCGGCGUCAUGCAGCGCAGCGGCGACUUUACGAGCGCGGCCGAGCUCCACGAGGAGAUCCGGGCGCUGCAGCGCGCGAGGGCCGACGCACGAGCGUGGGUCGAGCGCGCGAGGAGCGAGGACGUGCCGCUUGACGAGCGCGGUGCCGAGGCGGCCGAGCUGCAGCGGCGCGAGGCGGACCUCGAGGAGGACGUCGACGAGGGGUCCGAGGGCCAGGGCGAGGAGGACGACGAGGCGGUGUUGCACGGCGAGCUCAAGCGCGUCAAGGAGCUGCGGCUCGAGGGCCCGACACGGAGCGAGGCGGCGGCAGUCGUCGCAAAGCCGCCGCCGUACACGCUCCGGUACCUGCCCGACGACGUCGACGUCGACGAGCCCGCGCCGGCAAGCGUUCCGCCCGCUCCUCCACCGCCGCCUCCCGACCGACCCGCCUCGACCCGCCUCGAGUACGACCCGUACGCGACGAUGCGGCUCGUCGACCCGGCGUUCUCUCGGCCCUACUUCGACGAGCUCGUCGACUACGUCAAGUCGACCCACCGCACCAUCUCGUUCCCUCCCCCACCCUUCCGCUUCGACGGCCCAGCCUGGACCAACCUCUUCCGCAUGGCCGCCUCGCAACCCGACAUCCCGUCCGACACCCUCGUCGCCGUCGUCGGCGCCGUCGAGUCGGCCGCCAGCUCGAACGAGCUCGCCGCCGCGACGACCCGCUCGACCCGCGCGUACCGGCCGCCGCCCCCUUCCCUCCGCAUCUACACCAUCCUCCUCAACGCCCUGCACCGACGCGGCGACGACCAUGCCGCCCUCGACCUGUGGCGCUCGCUCGACGCCCGCCAGUUUCAGCCCGACGGCCACCUCCUCGACGCCGUCGUGCGCCUCCUGUGCGGCCUCGGCCGGGACGAGAGCGCGCUCCGAGCGCUCGAGUUCUUCGGCGUCGUCAAGGGCCGCGACGACGUCGUCGUCAUCCCGCAGUUGACGCCCUCGCGCGCGCCUCGGCAGCGCACGCUCCGCGAGGGCACGGUCCCGCUCGACGUCGUCCCGUUCAACGCCCUCCUCGCGCACCACAACCGCACGGGCGCCCACGCGCGCGUGCACGCCCUGUGGACGUCGCUCGAGCGCCGGUACGGCGUCCGGCCCGACUCGGCGACGCUCAGCAUCGUGCUCGAGGCGGCGAGGUACGCCGGCGUCGCCGCCGGGCGCGCGACGGGCUGGGCCGCGAGCGGGCUCGACGACGUCGCGCUCGGUGGCGGGUUUGGCGGGCGCAGGGCGACGACGGCGGCCGCGGGCGCGGCGGUCGACGACCGGUGGGACGGGCGGCCGGCGCACAAGGUCGCCGAGGAGUUUGUCUGGCGCGAGGUGCUCGAGGGCAAUUGGCAGGACGCGCAUGUGCGCAACCCGGCGUUGCAGCGCGGCGGGGCAUCGGCGGCGGCGGCAUCGAGGGCGGGCAAGGGCGCGGGAGGAGGCCUCGCCGGUUGGCUCGCGGACAAGCUCGGCGGCGGCACCGGCGUCGACGCGCCUUCCUCGCCCCUCGACGACGCGUCCUCCCCCUCGCCGUCAUCCUCCCCGACACCCGACCAGGACCUCGCUCGCCCGCUCGGCUGGGCCCCGUUCGCGACGACCCUCUCGCCGACCCCGCCUCGUCACCCUCACCUGUACCCGAACGACCGCGUCUUCCGCUCCCUCAUCCAGCUCGUCGGCACUCACUCGCACCUGCGCGACAUCCCGCUCAUCCUCGCGUGGAUGCGCCGGCUCCGGGUCCGGCCCUCGCGCUGGACGCUGUGCCUCGCCAUGGCGUACGUCGACGGCGACGCCGGGAUCCGGCCCAAGCAGGGCGACAACUGGCGCAGGUGGCUCGUCGGGUGGCUCGGGGCCAAGGCGGUGCCGAGCGAGACAGAGAUUGCGAUGCCCUCGAUGUACGGUGUCGGUCCCGACUUUGCCUACGAUGCGGGCAACCCGGUGACGCCAAUCGGGCCUGGCGUCUCGAGCCUGAACGACUGGUGGUUUCGAGGACCCGAGUACCGCGCGCUCAAGCCGCAGGACGGAGCUGUGACCGACCUUCCCGCCGGCGGGAAGAUUGACAUCGAAAUCGCGUGCCACGUCGCUUGGACCUCGUACGGUGUCACUCCCACCGACCCGGACUCGGAGCUCUCUGCUUGCCCCGACAACUACGGCGCCUACCACGCCGGCGACCCUGCCGGUCCCCUCGACGACUCGCUCGUCUCGGGCUGUGCGCUCGCCAUCGCCGACGUCGACGACAUCUCCAAAACCACGAUGGACAACCUCGCCGUGUUCUCGGUCAACCACAACUGCGUCCGCCAGAAGGUGACGACGUUCGACGUUCCUGAGCGCAUGCCCUCGUGUACCGGCGACAAGUGCGUCUGCGCGUGGCUCUGGCUCGCCAACAACGGCACCGCCAACUUUUACAUGACGGCGUUCGACUGUCGCAUCACCGACGUUGACGACUCGCUCGCUCGCCCCAUCCUGCCCGUCAUCGAUCCGGUGUACUGCGACCCGUCCAACUCGACGUGCGAGCUCGCCGUCGGCGCCAAGCGGCCCCUGUACGCGUACAACGAGCCGACGAACGUCGUCUGGGAGGGCAACGACGCCCGCCCCGGCUACCACGCUUCCUGGAGCUUCCCGCACGACGGCGCGCAGAACGACAUCUUCGAUCUGGCCGCCGCGCCGAGCACGACGAGUCGGGCGUCGUCGAGUACGACUCGGCAGGCGACGUCGAGCGCGGCGGCGACAGCGUCGAAACGGGUUCCGCACGCGUCGGCGAGCGCAGUCCCGUUCACAAUCACGACGACGACGUCGGCGCAUUCCCAAGCCGAGCAGCACACGACCUCGACCUCGAGCAGCACUUCCGCACUCGAGCAACAGCACACGACGACGACGACGACGACGACGACGAGUGCCCGCACGAGCUCUGCCGACAGCUCCUCGCCUCUCUCGUCGGCCUCGAACCCGACUUCCGCCCCUUCCUCGUCUUCCUCCUCACCUCCUCGUCGCACGACUUCUUCCUCCGACGACGACACGCCAUUCACGAUCAGUCGGUCGUCAUCGGCCCGCAAAACCUCGAUGCGCCAUGGCCCCGCUGCGAGCGCCGAAACGCCCUCGACCUCGGCGCGCACGGGCCGCUCCCACGCCCACGCCGCUCGCCCGGCCAUCUACAAGCAGCACCGGCACGGCAGCAAGCACCAUCAUGCGCACUUCCACGUGCACAGCCACCCGCUCGUCGACAUUGUCGACGCCGUCAACGGCACUUUGGCCGUCUCGACGCCGGACGCAGAGCUCGCCGACGCGGCGAAGCUGUCGCUGCACCUCGUCGAGCGGCGAGCGGCGACGAGCGGUUGCUCUCGAGUCGUCGGGAGCGUCGUGCCUAUAGCCUUCGUCCUUUCCUUCGCGCUGUGCGCCCUCUUGUGA